UUUACCACAAACUUCUGCUGGUUCUGCUACUGAGUGGUGGACAUCAAAGUGCACAUGGUGUCGAGAUCGUAAAUGGCGUCAGGGUCCCAGACAACUCAAUGCUGCACAUGGCAUCCCUGCAGGACAAGGGCAAACACAUAUGUGGAGGCUCCUUGAUCAGUGACAGCUUUGUGCUAACUGCUGCUCACUGUGAAAAGGUUUCAAGUGUGGUACUCGGAACACACCACCUCAACUCUGCCUCCAAUAAUAUGAGAUAUAAUGUGUUGAAAAAAUGCAAGCAUCCAUCCUUUGAGAAGGUCUCUUGCGGCAAUGACAUCAUGCUUCUUAAGCUGUCUCGGGACGCUCGAGGCGCCAAGGUCAAGGCCAUUGAUCUUCCAAAAAGUCCUGUUAAACUUUCGGCAAACGAUAAUUGUGAAGUUGCAGGAUGGGGUUAUGAGGCCAGCCGUGGUACACCUGUGAAUGACCUGAGGAAAGCAACUGUCAAAAUCAUCAGCUGGGAUGAGUGCAAGAGUAAAUGGAGCAAAUUGCUCCCUAACGGCACCGUCUGCGCGGGUGGAUAUGGCAAGACUGGAUUCUGUCAGUGUGACUCAGGUGGUCCUCUGGUGUGCAAAGGCAUUCCAGUUGGCAUCGUGUCCUACAACAGGAAUGGAGAAUGUACCUAUCCAAGUAAAUUCCCCAAUGUCUACACUGAUAUUUCUGACUUCCUUCCCUGGAUCAAUGACAUUUUGGACAAAGGGGACUGUUAAAUGUAGUAGUUGGUUCAAGCUUGUAUAGUUCAGUAUCCUAUUGUAUUAGAUUGCAA